AUGGAACACGAUGGGGAUGCAGAAUAUUUAUUGUCCGUGCCAAAGUGCGAGGUUCCGACUAUGGAAACGAAUGUAAAGGAAGAGGAAUAUCACUCGGAACAUAAUGGCUCUUUGCACGUGGAGGACUCCGAAUCUCAGAACGGGAAGCAGACCAAGAUGGAGCUCGACGAACACUUGCCUCCAGAUCCCGGAUCACCAGCCAACGACGCGGAAAUGAAUGGAAACGAUGAGCCCGAGGCUGACGGCGAACGCGACGGUGAGAUGGACGCCAACGGCGACCCUUUGAAGAAGCUGAAAAAUCUCAAGUUCCAGCCAAUGGUUCGAAGACCGCAGCUCAACAAACCUGCCGAGCCUGCUGCUCGCCGAGAACCAACACCACCGGAUGAGCCCGCAGCUCCCCCGAAGAACGAGCCGCGCGAUCCAUCGCCCGUUUCCGAAGACGAGGAAGAAGGUGAAGAUAAGAGCGAGGUCAAAGAACAGCGCGUCACCACUACCACCAAUACUGUCGAACGCAAGCCUACCGUGUUCAAUGAUCGUCCGAGAAAACGCAGAUAUGAUGGAGACGAUGAAGAGGAUCGCGAUCGCCGAGACCGCAGAAGAGACGAGAGAAGAGAACGGGAAAGAGAGCGCGAGCCCAAGCCGGACGUCAUCCAAGCCCGGCCCCAUACUUUCGCCAAACGGAUAGACAGCUUGUUCCGGGAGGAAGUGCGGACUGGCACCCUGGACGAUGCACAGCUUAUCAACCUCAUUGCGAAAUGCUGCGAGCUUGAAGCUGAACAGAACUUGAUCCUUGAGAAUCGUGCUAAAUUGAUGGAUGAGCUCUACAAGAUGAAGCUGGAUGAAGAGGGCCGAAUAAUGCGGGGCAUCGAGCAGCAUCCAGAUUCAAUGAAGCACUUGGCAGCCGCACAAUACGAGGAUUUUAAGAAACGAUUCAGCAUGAUGAAGCCGGUGAUGGGUCCUGGCGGAGUGCUGGCGUUCCCACCGCCACUUAUCGGCAAUAUGGGGCCGGGACCUCUUCCUCAGCCUACGGCCCAGCCAACUCCGGCUCCGAUGCCCGCUCGGCCACCCUUCAUUCCGAAUCCCGACUUCAGUCAGCCACCACCGAAUGUUGGCCCAUCGGUUGCAGCUCCUCCACCGCCAAUCCCGGACUUCUCCAAGCCGCCGCCAGACUUCAGCCAGCCACCACCGAGCCUAGCACCUCCCAGGGUCCCUGCCGCCCCCAAGACACCGCCGCCACCUCUUCAAACCACGCCAUCCACACAGCCGGUCGCUUCCGCGUCAAAUGAACUGCCCGAUACCUCGCAACCGCCGCCUUCUUUUGGCACCCCAACGAAAAAUAGUUCUUUGGCUGAAAGCAAUCCCUGGAAAAUGGACGACAAGGAAAUGACGCCUCAAUCGGAACCCGCUGCCGGCAACGACUUUGGAGCCCCGAAAUCGCUCAUGGGCCCGCCGAUUCCAGCACCUGCAGUACCUGCGCCACCCUCGAUGAAUAUCGCGAAUAUGCUAACCAACAUGAUCGCCUCUUCAAUCAGGAUGACCCACCCGCCCAACCAGAUGCACAUGAGCUCGUCCCCAUCAAAGUCAAGCCCGGCCUUCGAACACCCAGAGGCUCAACCACUACCCAGACGCCUAAAACGAGGCCAUCGCGCUGGCAAAAAGACUGCCCAGAAUAGAGAGCGUGCCCUCUCCCACUUCGAAGCCAUCGAUGCGUCGGCAGCUGCCGAGCGUUCACCGCUGGAGUUC